UUUUCCCCUUUUUCAUCUUAAUCUUGUAUGAUAUACUUUCCUCAUCCACCACCGAACCCUAACCCUAACCUUCAUCCAUUUCUUCUGUUCUCUCUGCUUUUGCUUUGCAACAAUUCCAUCUAUGAAUAGCCAGUCGCAGCUUUCAUGAGCAUAUAAUGAUCUUAGCGUUGCGAAUCGAUUGCAUGGGUUUGGAGAAUGCCGGAGCUUCGUAGUGGACCGCGACGACGUCGUGCUCCGGUUGGUCGUAGAAGCUCGGAACAACCGUCAUCGGGGGGGAGAUACGUGAAGACUCGCGCUGCAGUUGCCAGGGAGGCGGCGGCGGCGGCGGCGGAGAGGCCAAGGACUCGUUUGGCGGCUAAACAAUUAGAAGAGGAGAAGCCGGUCAUUGUCAUAUCCGAUCAUACGAAGAAGGAAGUUGAAGGCGGCGCGAUGGGGGAUGAGAGUGGUGGCCUGAGUGCAAACAAGGGUGUUGCGCAAGAAGAUGAUGCUAACCCAGCUCCUUUCCCGGAUAGGGUUCAAGUAGGAGGAUCGCCUGUCUACAAAGUGGAGAGAAAACUCGGCAAAGGAGGAUUUGGACAGGUUUUUGUUGGCAGGCGAGUUACCGGUGGUAACGACCGUACCGCUGGUCCCGGUGCCACUGAGGUGGCUUUGAAAUUUGAGCAUAGGAACAGCAAAGGAUGUAACUAUGGCCCUCCUUAUGAGUGGCAAGUCUACAACACCCUUGGUGGCAGUCAUGGAAUACCUAGAGUACACUAUAAGGGAAGACAAGGAGAAUAUUACGUAAUGGUUAUGGACAUGCUUGGUCCAAGCUUGUGGGAUGUUUGGAAUUCUUCAAGCCAGGCAAUGUCUGCAGAAAUGGUUUCCUGCAUUGCAGUGGAGUCCCUCUCAAUCUUGGAGAAGAUGCACUCUAGAGGCUAUGUGCAUGGCGAUGUAAAGCCAGAGAACUUUUUACUAGGCCAACCGUCUACACCACAAGAAAAGAAACUGUAUCUUGUGGACCUUGGAUUAGCUACGAAGUGGAGAGACACGUCCAGUGGGCUGCAUGUUGAAUAUGAUCAACGUCCUGAUAUGUUUAGAGGGACUGUUCGAUAUGCCAGUGUUCAUGCUCAUUUGGGAAGAACUGCUAGUAGAAGGGAUGAUCUUGAAUCUCUUGCCUACACACUCAUUUUCCUUCACAAAGGCAGGUUACCUUGGCAAGGUUAUCAGGGUGAUAACAAAUCGUUCCUUGUCUGCAAAAAGAAGAUGGGAACAUCGCCUGAGAUGCUGUGCUGUUUCUGCCCUGCUCCUUUUAGGCAGUUCCUUGAGAUUGUAGUGAACAUGAAAUUUGAUGAAGAACCUAACUAUUCUAAGUUAAUUUCUUUGUUUGAUGGUAUGCUUGGACCAAAUCCCGCAUUGAGGCCAAUUAAUACUGAAGGUGCUCAAAAGGUUGGGCAGAAGAGGGGUAGAUUGAAUAUUGAAGAAGAAGAUGAUUCACAGCCCAAAAAGAAGGUCCGUUUGGGGGUUCCUGCUACACAAUGGAUUUCAGUCUACAAUGCAAGACAACCAAUGAAGCAAAGGUAUCAUUAUAAUGUAGCGGAUGCAAGAUUAGCACAACAUGUGGAGAGAGGGAUUGCAGAUGGGCUCCUCAUUAGUUGUGUGGCUUCUUGUUCCAAUCUCUGGGCACUUAUUAUGGAUGCUGGAACCGGUUUUUCCAGUCAAGUUUAUAAGUUGUCACCAUUUUUCUUACAUAAGGAAUGGAUCAUGGAGCAGUGGGAAAAAAACUAUUACAUUACUUCGAUUGCAGGAGCUAAUAACGGGAGCUCUCUUGUUGUGAUGUCAAAAGGCACGCACUAUACACAACAAUCUUACAAAGUAAGUGAUUCAUUCCCAUUCAAAUGGAUAAACAAGAAGUGGAGAGAAGGUUUUCAUGUGACCUCAAUGGCCACUGCUGGAAGUCGUUGGGGUGUUGUUAUGUCUCGAAAUUCUGGAUACACUGAUCAGGUUAUUGAACUUGAUUUUCUCUAUCCUAGUGAGGGAAUCCACAGAAGAUGGGAUAAUGGUUAUAGGAUUACAGCAACUGCUGCUACAUGGGAUCAAUCCGCUCUGAUACUGAGCAUUCCUAGGCGCAGGCCAGGUGAUGAAACCCAGGAAACUUUGCGCACAUCUCAAUUUCCAAGCACACAUGUUAAGGAAAAAUGGUCAAAAAACCUUUACCUUGCUUGUUUGUGCUAUGGGCGAACAGUAUGCUGAUUUGCUUUGUAGGCGAAUGCGUACAAAUCUUUUUGCGCCUCCUAUUGGUUUCGGGAGCGAUUUUUUGUGAUGUAAUUUUUACAUUCCAAAAAGUCCAUUCAUUCUGAAAUAAAUAGGAAGUGGCAAAAGAGAUUUAGGAAAUUGGAUCUAGUAUUUGUUGUCUGUAAAAUUAUACAUUUUGUAAUGGCCCAAUCAUGUAAUAACUUGGCUGAGAAUUGUUGUAUCUAUUACAAGUUCCUUGGGGUGGGGAAUGUGGCAGUUAAUGUAUACAGCUUAGCUUUAUAUGUUACUCCAAUAUAUGUAUAUGGUUUUAUCAAAUUUUUUGUCAAGAUUGUUUAACUGACCAGUCUUAAUAAAACUUUGUAUGGCUAUUCCCUGUGCAUGA